GAAAAAUCACUCUCACAAAACCACCCAUGGUAGAAAGAUGCCUAAUAGCAGCUUCUUUGGCAGCUCUAGUAUGCCAUCCCAGCGCAACCAUAAGGUGUUUCAAGCCUAAGCCAUGCACAACCUCCCCACAGAAAGAAAAACCAAAGCCAAAUGUUUCCCAUCCACGCUUUGAGAAAGUGCAUUCAAAAUCAAAGAAAAAACUAGACCCCCAUGAAAAUUCACAUUCUUCAUCAUCUUCAACUCAGUCUAACACAAACACACCAUCACCUCCAGCCUCUCCUCUUUCUCGUUCCACAUCAAGAGCUGGCAAACUUGUCAAAGGAGUCACACAACUCAUAGAAGGAGAUUCCUCAAUAGGUAUUGUGGAAACCAUAUUCCGAUCGGGAUGGCCUAAGGAGAUAGGCCUCACAGUCCAGAAGGUGUUGAAGGUUAAUCACAGUGAAAGUGUUCUAAACAAGUUUGAAGAGUUUAGAAACAAAGUGAAACUCAAUGCUGCAAAUUCAUGUGAUAGUCAGCUAAUGGAGAGACUGAUUGUUGAUGGGAAUGAACUCCUAAGGUUCCAAGGUGCCCUUAUAACUUGUUCUCUAGGAACUGAUGGAGAUUCAAGCAUUUGUGACAAGAAAUGUUGUGGGGUAUGCAGAAUGAUCCGUUUCAGCUUUACGGUUGAAGAUGCACCAGAAUUAGUCCAUGAGAACAGUUGGAAGGCACAUGAGAAGGUGACAAAUGAUUAUGUUGCCAAAAGGAUAUGUGCAAGGAGGGCUAUCAUUUUAUGCAGAGUAAUUGCAGGGCGUGUUGGUGGUUACCAUAGACAUGAGCUCAUGGAUAUUGGGGAAGAUGGUCGGUUUGAUUCUGUGGUGGCAUCAAAUGAAGAUGACUCAAAUGGCUCGGAGAAGCUUAUGGUUUUAAAUCCAAGGGCUGUGCUUCCAUGCUUUGUGGUCAUAUAUGAAGUCAAUUGUCUUCCAUGAUUGUUUGACA